AGAAGCGUUCCUUGUUUUCCGAGACAGGCUAGCAGCAGUGGCAAAUACUGUGUGAAUUUUCUUUGCUUCUUUCAGCGCUGAUUCGGUAUCUCGACCAUGUAUGCCUUACGAAAGAUGUCAAUGGCCGUUGUAUCCAAGGCUAGUACGACUUCGAAAGCAUAUGAGCCGGGCGAAGAGCCACAGGAUGCACCAAAGGACCAGCCGGCAGAGGGCGAUUCGGGCCUGUUCGAGAGCGUCGACUUCGUGCCUCCGGCGCACACGACCUGCUACAAGCUGUGGGUGGUCUGCUGCUCUGUGUGGAUCGUGCUCUUCAUCCCGCUCAGCCUGACCGCGUUCGCCAUGGGCUACCGGCCGACGCGUGCCACGACGCCGCCCCAGUUGACAACCGACCCCAUCUGGCUCACCGUCGAGAACCAGCCGCCGUGCCAGGAGCAGUUCCCUUCUCGCAAAGCGGCCACUGGCUCGAUCAAGAAGCGCGCGAGUUCCAUACUCUGCGUCUUCAAUACGAGCGCGCACCGCAGGCCACUGGUUUCCCGCAUGGUGCUGGGCUACAUCCCCGGCUUCAUCUGCAAGCACGUGUUGUACUCCUCUAUCCUGAUGCCGGACCCCGAAGGCGCGCUCCAGUCGUUGACGCCGGAGUUCGAUAUGGAGUGCGCUGGACUGGCGAGCGUGAAAGUUCUCAAGAAGCGGUUUCAGCACAUCAAGGUGUACACCGUCCUGUCGGCGAACACUCCGGCGCUGGAGACCGUGCUGUUCACCCUCGCUUCCGGGAGACUGGACAAGCUGGUGAAAUUCGUCCGCGACUGGAUUGUCAAGUUCAGCUUUGAUGGAUUGUUCGUCAGCUGGUCCCAGCCAUUCGCCUUGGAGAAAUCCAGAGUGCUGUUCAGCAGGCUCGCAGUCACACUCAGACCAGAAUACACACUAGGUGCGAUCCUUCCGUGGCAGAUCCCGGCGUUGCAGAACUACGACACCGUGUCCAUCGCUUCCAAUGUCGACUGGAUCAUCAUGAAGACGCACGGCUUUUACCCGAGAAAAGGCUACAACUUCACUUCUUGUCCGAGCCCAUAUCAAAGCUCCGACGACCGCACUACCAUUUCGGAGAUUCUCAAAUACCACCUGGUCACGAUGCGGGAUCACAUGAACCUGUCGCGCGUUUGCUUCACCGUCUCCUUCCGGGCAACGGGAUACCGAGUGACCGACAGAAUAUUCAGCGGCCACAUGAGGACACAAGGACCCGGCAACUUAAACAGGUACACAGGCGACAAUGGCAUCAUUGCUUACCCACAAGUGUGCAAGCUUGAAGUCAACAGCGCCAAGUCAAAUACGGCCGUAUGCAGUUACACCAAGGUGAACCAGACGUGGGUGUCGUACGAGGACCCUUGGUCGAUCGCGGAUAAAGUACAUCGAGCGAUCGAAUUGCUGCGCAGGCGUCGAGGCAACGUGUCCGUCGACCAGGGAUUCUGUGUGGGCGUGUGGGACCUCGACCUCGACGACUACAAGGGCUCGUGCACGCCAAAGAAGCAUUGGCCCCUGCUAGAAGCACUAGCUGGCGCUCUGCCGUAGACGAGAUUACUUUUUUAUGAAACACCCGUGCAGCGCCCUGUUCCUAGACCAGUAUUUUGUUCGGAGAUUUGUUUAUAGGAUGUUGUUUUGUGAUUUCGAACUCUGACUUAUUUACUUUCUGCGUGAUACCCAAAAGUAAAAAAAAAAUGAUGCCUGUUGAACUUCACAAAACAAAUGUCCAGUGGCACUGAUGUCACCCGGUGAUCUCAUGCCGCAUUUGUGUGUGUGCGCGAUAUGUUAUGUUAUCAAUGAAAGUUUACAGUUGUAGUUAUGAGGAAACUUUA